GUCCGUAAUUUGCUUGUCGAAUGUCAAUCGAAUGUCAUACAAACUUGAACCUGCAGCCGCUAUAUGUCUAAACGCGCCCAACCGUCGCCAUCAACGUCGAAGCCUAAGCGAACAAAGGUCGCCUCAGAUCAGUCAUCAUUGGAGACUUUCUUCGGAUCUUCUCCGAGGCUUAAUACUUCUCCAGCCAAUUCUAGGGUGGGGAAGGGGGAAAUCAAUGUAGAACUGAACGCAAAGAAGAUCGCUACCCCAGACGUCAUUGACCUGACGUCGGAUUCUGAGCCAGAGCCUAGGUCUGAUGCUCCCCCUCAAGUCGAUCUUCGUGGUUUGACGUCAGGGGUUGUUCAACAUAGUCCUCAAACACCCUCCUGGCGGCCCGUUCUUAUGAAAAAUGACGUUGCUGCCUUGCCAAAUUAUCAGCCAUUAGGAGUUGAUCUUUUUGUGUAUGACGUCCAGGAAAAUCCCUGGCUAGCCAACGAGCCGGCGCCUUAUUCGUUCCUCGUUCAUGCCCUUGUCACGUUAUCAGGAACACGCUCUAGGAUUAUCAUUCUCAACACGCUCACAAAUACCCUCAGGACUUUGCUCAAUUGGCAUCGGCCAUCACUACUGCCAUCGCUAUACCUCCUUUCUAAUUGCCUGUCUCCUCCGUACUCUCCGGUCGAGCUGGGUAUUGGCUCCUCAAUUAUAUCCAAGGCAAUCCAACAUAUUUCUGGCCUAUCAUCAGCUGCUCUUAGGCGUCUCUACAACUCAUCCGGUGACCCCGGUGAUGUUGCAUUUGAGGCAAAGUCAAAUGUUCGCACCUUAGUGCCUCAUCCUCCACUAUUCAUUGUGGCUGUGUACGAGUCUUUGUUGAAAAUUGCCAACUCUAAGGGACAAGGCGCAGCCAAACAGAAGCAAGACUUCGUCGAGAAACUCCUUGUAGCGGCUAAAGGAGAAGAGUCGCGCUACCUUGUCCGUACCCUAUCGCAGAAUCUACGCGUUGGCGCAGUAAGGACGUCCAUCCUGACUGCGCUGGCAAGAGCCUUAGUCUUGACUUUGCAACCUAGUCUGGGAGGUCCUGUUCGCGAUUAUUCGUCUUACCAUGCCACCUCACAAUCAAUUUCCUCCGUUCAACCCCUCGCAGCAGAAGGAAAGAAAGUUUUUGAUCCGGCCCGCGAUGAACUCCAUGAGAAAUUCAUCCAGGCUGAAGCGUUGGUUAAAAAAGUGUUCGUCCAACAUCCGAACUAUGAGCACAUCGUAGCUGGUCUAUUCAAUGGUGGAUUGGAUAGUCUUGAAGAACAUGUUCCUUUGACUGUCGGAAUUCCCUUGCACCCGACUCUGGGCUCUCCCACUCGAUCAUUGGAUGAAAUAUACGACCGUUUGGGGGAUCUACCCUUUGCUGCAGAAUUCAAGUAUGAUGGUCAACGCGCCCAAAUACACGGGGUACGAGGAGGGAACAACGGCAAUCCUUCCGUUCAUAUUUUCUCCCGUCAUCUAGAAGAUAUGACCACUAAGUAUCCCGACAUCGUUCACCUUGUUAAAUGCAUCUUCAAAGAUCAGCCGCGGCUGCAAUCUUUUAUUAUCGACUCUGAGAUUGUUGCCAUAGAUCCAGCUGACGGCGGCCUGAAGUCAUUUCAGGAGCUCUCGAAUAGGGCAAGGAAGGAUGUGGAAAUGAGCGAUAUUAAAGUUUCUGUUUGCGUGUAUGCCUUCGAUCUGAUGUAUCUUGAUGGUGAGGUCUUACUUGCCCGGCCCUUUCGAGAGAGGCGCUCGUUGCUGAGGUCUCGCUUUCCGCCUUUCUUACCAAGUGACAAAGGAGCAGGUCGUUUUGACCAUGUUGAAAGUUGUGAGAGUGAUGCGGGCAGAGAUGCUAUUGAGGAGUUUUGGCAGAAAGCUAUAGAGAGCCGCUCUGAGGGUCUCAUGAUCAAGCUCUUAAGCAGCGGCACCAUGGAAGAAGAUGGAACGCAAAAAGGAAAUGGAAAGCGGAAACAAUUGUCUGCGACUUAUGAACCCGAUAAACGGACAUUUGCUUGGCUGAAGCUGAAAAAGGACUAUGUUGUGGGCCUCGGGGAUACCCUCGAUAUGGUUCCUAUUGGGGCGUGGCAUGGGAACGGAAGGAAAGCAGGGUGGUGGAGUCCAGUUUUGCUUGCCAUCCGAGAUCCCAGCAAUGACUGCCUUGUUGCCGUCUGCAAGUGCAUGUCUGGAUUUUCGGACGCGUUCUACAAAGAGAUGGUUGCACAUUACUCAGAGGGGUCCGAUAAUUGCUCUAGACAACCCCUUUGGGAAACCAAUACAGGAGGUUUCAGGCCCGACGUUUACUUCAGGCCCCAUAAGGUGUGGGAGAUACGAGGGGCAGAUAUCACUUUGAGCCCCGUAUCUCUGGCAGCAUUGGGCCUGGUUUCCUCCUUGAGGGGCCUCAGUCUUAGAUUCCCGCGAUUUAUAAAGGCCCGAGAAGAUAAAUCGCUGGAGCAAGCCAGCACUACAGAUUUUCUUGCACAGAUGUGGAAAGACCAACAGGGGAAUUCCAAAGCCACUGUGGGGGACGCUGAUGAUUACGAUUUAAUGGAUGUAGAGGUGGGCCCAGAAGAGAUCGCUGGAGGAGUGGAAGAGUUGGUUGACUUCGAACCUUAACAAUUUAGGUUAACAUUCAUUUGUAGCAAGGCUUUUGGGUGUUCCCCCUUUCGAGUACUUCGGACUACGUGUCAUCAUUACAUACGCUCAUACAAACAUCAAUGAUACGAUACUAUGAGU